AGAUUUAUUGCUGGUUUGCCAAAUGCAAGCUGAAGUCUAAAGCAAAAACCUCAGAAGAACUGAUAUUUCUCAUUAUUCAGUGAUUGCUGAAGACAUGUUAGACCUCAAGGACUCUGUAGUUCUCCUAGGGACGUUCAGCUGUCUAUUGCUAAUUCUCUUAUUCAUAAAACUGAUAUGGAAAAGAAGGCAGAUGCCCCCAGGACCAUUCCCACUUCCUAUCAUAGGCAACUUUCUACAGGUUCAUAAGCAUGGACUGGUGCCCUAUUUAGUGAAGAUGGGUGAAGCGUAUGGACCUGUGUGCACUGUUUAUAUGGGUUCACGACCUACAGUGGUUCUGACUGGAUACCAGGCAGUCAAGGAAGCCCUGGUUGACCUUGGAGAUGACUUCCUUGGACGAGGGCGUCUUCCUGUGUUUGAGCGUGUAUUUAGUAAUGGUGGCUUAGCAAUGGUUAAUGGAACAGCUUGGAAGCAACUAAGACAAUUUAGUUUGAUGACGCUCCGUGAUUUUGGGAUGGGAAAAAAGACUCUGGAGGAACCCAUACAGACCGAAGCUCAGCAUCUGGUAGAGCACUUCAGAAGGUUAAACAAGCAACCAGCAGAUCCAAGUGUCAUCAUGAACUGUGCUUCAUCUAAUAUCCUUGCUUCAAUCCUUAUUGGGAAACGUUAUGAAUACAGUGACAAGAAGUGGAUGAAAAUUCUCAACAACUUGCAUGAUGCAUUUCAUAUAAUCAACUCUACAUGGGGGCAGCUUUAUGACAUGUUGCCCAAUAUCAUGAGAGUCUUGCCUGGACCACAUAACAAAAUAUUUACUCUUAUUCAAGAUCUUGAGGAUGUUGUGAAAGAGAGAAUAAACUACAACCUUGCUACACUUGAACCGAACUGUCCUCGUGAUUAUAUUGAUUGUUACCUUAAUAGAAUGGAACAGGAAAAAGAUCCCAAAACACCAUUUACUAAGAUGAAUCUUGUGGCGACAGUUACUGAUAUGUUAAUGGGGGCUUCCGAAACUACCGGCAUUACACUCAAUUACGGCCUUUUGAUUCUUAUAAAGUACCCAGAAAUUCAAACAAAGCUACAAAAGGAGAUUGAUCAGGCAAUCGGAAACGGUCGGGAACCAGUAGUGGAGGACAGAAAUAAUAUGCCCUAUCUGAAUGCGUUUAUCCAUGAGAUUCAGAGAUAUUCUGAUGCUUUUCCAACUGGCGUAAUGAGAUCUACUACUAGAGAUUUGUUUCACUGUGGAUAUUUUAUUCCUAAGGGAACUGAUGUUAUUACUCUGUUAACCACGGUGUUAAGGGACUCUUCACAGUUUAAAACACCUGGGGAAUUCAACAUCAAACAUUUCUUGGAUGAAAAUGGCAAAUUUAAGAAAAAUAAUGGUUUUCUGGCGUUCAGUGCAGGGAAGAGGGUUUGCAUUGGGAAAGCCUGGUUCGGAUGGAGCUGUUCAUAUUAUUCUCUGCAAUUCUACAGAAAUUCACCUUAAAGGCAACUAUCGACUCAAAAGAUCUUGACAUUAGCCCUGUAGAAUGUGGCUUUGAGACUAUACCCCCUGCCCAUAAAAUCAUCUUUAUACCUCGAGAAUAAAGAGUUCUAUAAAUCUA